UGAGUUUUGAAAGACAUGAUUCUGAAUCUGGUGAUGAUGGUGGAAAACAAUCGAAGAAGAAGAAGCACAAGAGUGUAUCUGGUGGAGAUAAGAUAGUAAAUAUCGAAAGCUUCAAAGUUAGUGAAGGAAGUCGAACACAAGAGAAAUCUCUGCUGAUGUUUUAUAGAAGAACAGGGAAAGCUUGGAAGAAGGGUUACCUGCUGUAUGAAGUUAAAACCGACGAGGACAAAGAAGACGAAUCUGACGAAGGAGCUUCUGAUCCAGAGGAGGAGAUCGGAGUUGAUAAAGUCUGUGAGUGGACUGAGAGUUUGUCUAAGUUAUGGAAACGUGACCUUGAGUAUCUAGAUACAGGGCAUAAUGAUGAUGUUAAGAAGAAUGAUGUGAAGAAAGAAAAGAAAAAGAAGAGCAGCAAGAAGAUGAAGCUGAGCGUAGAAGAUGUCAAAAUCAAUAACUCUAAUGCUGUUUUGAAAUUCAAAAUCACGGAUCCGUUGAGGGAGAAGCUUCAAGCAACGACUUCAGAGAUGAUUCUUGGUGGUGCUGAUCUUGUUGGAAGGGCCCGUACUGGGCAGGGUAAAAAAUUGGUUUUGGUGUUACCUAUAUUGAAGUCUUUGAUCAAUGGACCCGCAAAGAGAAAAAAUAAGAAUAGGUAUGGCAGGCCACAGAGUGUUUUGAUACUUUUACCAACCAGAGAAUUGGCCAAGCAGGUGUUUGCUGACUUUGAUGCAUACGAAGGAUUUGUUGCUUUAAAUUCUUGUUGUGUCUAUGAGGGUUCUCAGGAGAUUAAACUAAAGAGAGGUGCUGACAUUGUAGUUGGUACCCCUGGUCGUAUCAAGGAUCAUACUGAAAGGCACAACAUUGCUACUUGGUUUCUGAAACAAGAUAAGAAGACAAUCGAUCUUGUUGGUAAUGAUAAAAUAAAGGCCAGUAAUAGUGUUAGACCCAUUGCUCUUCCAUGCAAUAAGCAAUCUAUGUCAAGGUUGAUUCCUUACACCAUCAGUUUGUAUAGCAGUGGAGGUAGUAAAAUAUGUUUCACUAAGACUAAAGAUCAAGCUUCUCAGUUUUCUGGUUUGUUACCCGGAGCUAGAGCUUUGCAUGGUGACAUUCAACAAUCACAACGUAAGAUUACUCUUGUUGGAUUUAGAAAGGGCCAAACCGGAGGAGCCGGUAAAAGUGGAGUUGCGAUUAUGUUAUACGGUUCCAGAAAGUCUGGCUUGUCCAGUAUUGAAAAACAAACUGGUAAAAGGUUUGAACAUGUUUCUGCACCACAGCCUAAUGAUAUUGCCAAAGCUGUUGGUAUGGAAGCUGCUGAGAAGAUUAUACAGGUCUGUGACGGAGUGGUUCCUGCAUUUAUGAUGGCUGCAGAGGAGGCUGCAGAUGAGUAUGGUGAAGGCGACAAGCUCUUAAGAAAUUGCUUUCUAAGACAGAUAGUAAAGGAGAACGAUGGAAAUAGCAAAACUCAAGUGAUUGAAGUUUGA